UGCUGUCCUGGAGGGCGGCCGCCGUGAGAGUAGCGCCACCCGUGGGUAUAUAAAGCGGCGGCGGCUGGAACUCGGCUCAGUGCACGGUGUGGCUGGGAGUCAUCAUGACCAGAUUACGAGUUGCGGUGGUAGCGCUUGCCCUUCUUGGCAUUGCAUCCAGCACAAGAGUGAAGCGACAGGGCGUAAGCGAAGCCACAGAGGAGGAAGCCGAAGCCUUCGCCAAGGCGUUGUGUACGAACAAGGGACCCGGGGAGUGGUUCAGGCUCGCUGUCACGGAUUGUCGCGAUGUGAUCCAGUGUACCGAAGCCGGUCUUCAAGCUCUGCGCUGCCCCCACGGGCUGGCCUUCGACUUGGAGUUGCAGACGUGUGACUGGAAGGCCAACGUCAAAAACUGCGCCGACAAGCAAAAGAUCAAGAAGGCAAAGCCGCUCUUCAACACCGAAGAACCACUCUGUCAGGAAAACUUUUUGGCGUGUGGAGACAGUACCUGUAUGGACAGGACUCUCUUCUGUGACGGCAAGCCUGACUGUAGCGACGGCUCAGACGAAAACGCAUGUGAUAUAAACACUGACCCCAACAGCGCCCCUCCCUGCAACCCUGAUGAGUGUCGCCUCCCUGACUGUUUCUGCUACAACAAUCCCAAUGAGAUCCCACACAAGAUGCAGCCGAGCUCCGUGCCCCAGAUGAUCAUGAUCACCUUUGACGACGCCAUCAACAACAACAACAUGGACCUCUACCAACAGAUCUUCGACAAUCGUUUCAACCCUAACCAGUGUUCCAUCAAGGCUACCUUCUUCGUCUCCCACAAGUACACCAACUACUCCGCAGUUCAAGAGAUGCAUAGACUGGGUCAUGAAAUUGCUAUCCACUCCAUCAGUCAUAACGACAGCGAGAGCUUCUGGAGCUCAGCCAGUUAUGACGAGUGGGAGCGUGAGAUGGCCGGAGCGAGAGUUAUCGCUGAACGUUUCGCAAACAUCAGUGACAACUCCAUCAUCGGGCUGCGUGCACCUUACCUGCGUGUUGGAGGUAAUAACCAGUUCAAGAUGAUGGAGACGAACACAUUCCUUUACGACUCAACCAUCACAGCGUCUCUACAAAACCCACCACUGUGGCCCUACACUCUGUACUACCGUAUGCCUCAUUCCUGCCACGGCAACUCCCAGAACUGCCCCACUCGCUCGUUUGCCGUUUGGGAGAUGGUCAUGAACGAGAUGGAUCGCCGUGAGGAGCCAACUAUCCAAGAAGACCUGCCUGGCUGUGCUAUGGUCGACUCUUGCUUCUCCAGUAAGCCCACCUCCGACCAGUUCUACCAGUUUCUGACAAACAACUUCGAGCGCCAUUACCAUACCAACCGCGCUCCUUUCGGUCUCUUCUUCCACUCUGCCUUCCUCAAGAACAAUCCUGAAAUCCUCGAUGCCUUAUUCUACUGGCUGGACGAGACGCUACAAAACAACGAUGACGUGUACUUCGUGACAAUGACUCAGGUGAUCCAGUGGAUCCAGGAUCCUCAGCCCGUCAACCAGCUUAAGAACUACGAACCCUGGAAGGAGAAGUGUAACCCCACCGGUUCUCCUUUCUGUUACGGUGGCACCAACUGUGAACUGAGCACUGACGAACUUCCGGGAGAAACUAUACGCCUUAACACCUGCAUGCGCUGCCCAAACGAGUACCCCUGGUUAAAAGAUCCUUUGGGCGAGGGAUACUUCUAAACUAUUCCGCUGCCGGUAUACCACUGUAGCCUGCUUCCCUGGGCGAGCCAGGCCCCCUCCCCUUGGGUGCAGUUUCUUUUAUGUAAAUAUUGUUUUAUAAUUUGUACAUGAUUGUGUCUAGGCAAGCGUUAUCGCGUUCCAGAUUGACAGUCGUCCGUCAGGCCAAGGCGUAUGGAGCAGCUGCUCAAGCACGGUACCGUAGCAACAAUGGCACCCUGAAAAGCAGUACCCAGACAAGGACGGUACGUGGCAACAAUGUUGCCCUGAAAAGAUCGGUACCCUGACAAGAACGGUACCGUGAAAAACUGGGGCAGGUUCCACUGCCGGGGUCAAGGUGAGGUCGCCUUAAAGGCGGGUCUCCACUUUUUUUGGAUGCUCGCAGCGGCCCCUUCAUAUUUACUGGUGCUGGAGACGCCCUUCCCUCUUCCUUAGGCCACCCACAACUCCGGCCCUUCCAUGCGGCCGCCCACACUGUCGUCCUCACUCUAGGCGGCCCAACCCCCCCCCUCCUCACACCACCGGGCUUUCCUAGGCGGCCGCCCACACCGCCGGCCCCCAGGCGGCCGCCCACACCACCGGCCCCCAGGCAGCCGCCCACACCACCAAUCCCUUCCUCCCCAGGCGGCCGCCCACUCCCCACGCACAUCUGAACUUUUACGUAGCUGUGAUGAUCGUCUAGAAUUAUAGCGUCACUUGUUUUUACCUUCCAUAUUAUGUUUAAUGUUACUCAAUAAAGAAAAACAAUAUUCCUCAA